CACAUACACAUUCACCACGUGUGUGUGUGUGUGUGUGUGUGUGUGUGUGUGUGUGUGUUCAGUUUUCAGUGAACUUGUUCCGGACACUUCCUCCUUCCUCAAACCCGACCGGAGCAGAGUUUGACCCUGAAGAGGACGAACCAACGCUGGAGGCUGCAUGGCCUCACCUGCAGCUCGUCUACGAGUUCUUCCUUCGCUUCCUGGAGUCUCCGGACUUCCAGCCCAACGUGGCCAAGAAACACAUCGACCAGAAGUUUGUGAUGUCGCUGCUGGAGCUGUUUGACAGUGAGGACCCCAGAGAGAGAGACUUCCUGAAGACCAUCCUGCACCGCAUCUACGGAAAGUUCCUGGGCCUCCGAGCCUACAUCAGGCGCCAGAUCAACAACAUCUUCUACAGAUUCAUCUAUGAGACAGAACAUCACAACGGCAUCGCUGAACUGCUGGAGAUCCUGGGGAGCAUCAUCAACGGCUUCGCUCUCCCUCUGAAAGAAGAACACAAGAUGUUUCUCAUCAGAGUUCUGCUGCCGCUUCAUAAAGUCAAGUCUCUCAGUGUCUACCACCCACAGCUGGCAUACUGUGUGGUCCAGUUCCUGGAGAAAGACAGCAGUCUGACAGAGCCGGUGAUCAUAGGUCUGCUGAAGUUCUGGCCCAAGACUCACAGUCCCAAAGAGGUGAUGUUCCUCAACGAGCUGGAGGAGAUCCUGGACGUCAUCGAGCCCUCGGAGUUCGUCAAGGUCCAGGAGCCGCUCUUCAGACAGCUGGCCAAGUGUGUGUCCAGUCCACACUUCCAGGUGGCAGAGCGGGCUCUGUAUUACUGGAACAACGAGUACAUCAUGAGUCUGAUCAGUGACAACGCUGCUAAGAUCCUCCCCAUCAUGUUCCCGGCCCUCUACAAGAACUCCAAGAGCCACUGGAACAAGACGAUCCACGGUCUGAUCUACAACGCUCUGAAGCUCUUCAUGGAGAUGAACCAGAAGCUGUUUGAUGACUGCACGCAGCAAUACAAGGCCGAGAAACAGAAAGAGAAAUAUAAGCUGAAGGAGAGAGAGCAGAUCUGGCACAAGAUAGAGGACUUGGCCAGACAAAACCCCCAGAGCAAUAGGCUCCACCCCCUCCGCCCAGGACUCCACCCACAGGAAGAGUACAUGUUGUACAGUGAUAGUACUGUAGCUGUGUACUCAAUGGAAACAGAGACGCCAACAGCUGAAGACAUCCAGCUGUUAAAGAAGACUGUGGAGAGUGAGGCCUCACAGGGCCUGAAGGACCUGAAAAAGGACAAGGUCCUGAUGAGGAGGAAGUCUGAGCUUCCUCAGGACGUCUACACCAUCAAAGCUCUGGAGGCUCACAAGAGGGCCGAGGAGUAUUUAACAGCCAAUCAGGAGGCCCUCUGACUGGGGGGAGGCGGUCCCUUCUGAGCUGGACUCUCUGAUUGGAGGAGGUUGACGCCGUCUGAUCCCUGGUGGCCGCUAACGAGCAGGGCGCCACAUAGACGUCCGUCCCGCCUCCCGGUUCAGGUCAUGUGACGAUGACGUCACCUCCGACACCUGCAUCUGUGUUCAUCCAGGUGACCUGAAGGCAGCCUCGUUCACACCAAGACCGAAGGUCCCUGAACGCAUCGCCAACGGGCCUUUUCCUCUCCAGAACCGUUCGGAGCUGUGAAGGAACGUUGUGCUGCGGUUCCUCAGUGAGGUCGUUAGAACCACAUUUACAGAGAAGAUCUUGAAAUGAUAACGAUCCCUCUGUGUGACGUUCAGGGAGCGUUGGUCUUCACACAAUCAGCUAACAGCUGUUGUCUUUAUAUUUCAUUUAUAAAACAAAUGACUUGACCAUGAGUAAAGUAAAUAAUAAAAAAACAUGUUUAUUAGCUGCAUGUAAACAAAGAAGAUCAAUAUUGGCUCCACUUCCUGGUCCUGGUUCUGAUCCUGGUUCUGGUCUUGAUCCUGGUCCAGGUCCUGGUCGUUCAGUUCCUGCUGUGGAAAAGAGCUCCUCCACAUCACCACGUCUGUCCCGUGACACCUGAACGCAGCACAGAGCCCCACCCCCUCCACCUGAGCCGACCAAUCACCUGUCAGCGCGGCUCUGCAAUGAUGAUGAUGAUGAUGUCGAGGAGACACAGUGAAUGUAGACGUCCAAUCAGCAUCCGUCAUUCAUGUUCUGUUUUAUUUGAAUGUUAGUGACGACGUCAUCGACGUUCAGCCAAUGAGAGAAGCCAAAACGUUCUCCGUGGGUCAAAGUUUCUAGCUGCUGGAGGAACCAGAACCUCAGACAGUUCUGGACCAGAACUCCAUAAACCAUGUCUGAGGUUUUCAUCCCGCCAAAAUAAAAGCGGAGCUAGAUGUUAGAUUUUACAUCUUUUAAAAGCAGAAAACUAAAGUUUAAUCACAGAUUUCCCAUGAUGCUCUGCUCUCUGAUCUGUAGUUCACUGAUUCAAAGAGAAUCUUUUAUAACUCGUUAUGAGUUAUAUAAUUAUAUUUAACGAGUAUUUCAGGAUGUUGAACUGAAUGUCACAAACGUAUGUUUUGUGUUUUGGGAUGUUUUGUCAUAUCAAAUGCAGUUUGAUGUUUAUUGAACAGAUGUGAUGAAUUCUGGGUAAUAUUCCACAUAUUGGCAUUUGUUCAGAGCACCGAAGCUUCUCGUUAACGACAGACAUUGAAAGUCUCACGAGCUGCUUCACUGAACUCGUUCAUAAAAUAGUUUAAAGAACAAAAUAUAUGAAACUAAAAGAGCUUUAUUUCUAUAUUGACACGUAUAUGGACUCAUGGCCACGCCUCUGGAUGAAACGUUUAGAGAAAGAACAGGAAACAGUAGAACCCUCCUGUACAUAUGUAGUACUUUAUUAGAACAAUACAUAGAAUCAAAGUACCAUUUUGUACAAAUGUUCAUGUACAAAAGAAAAAUAAAGUGGACAUGUUUGACAAUCAAA